AUGAAGCACAUAUCGAUCCACUGGUUCCGUAAGGGUCUUCGCCUUCACGAUAACCCUGCCCUGCUGGCAGCAAUGACAGACUGCCACAAGCUCUAUCCCAUCUUCAUCCUCGACCCCUGGUUCCCAAAGAACAUGCGGGUCAGCGUCAACCGCUGGAGGUUUCUGGUCGAGUCGUUGAGAGAUCUGGACGAGAGCCUUCAGAAACUGAACUCAAGGCUGUUUGUGGUGCGUGGCCGCCCCACGGAGAUAUUCCCGGUCCUCUUUAAAGAGUGGAAGGUGACGCGGCUGACGUUCGAGAUAGACACGGAGCCCUACUCCAGGCAGCGCGAUAGCGAGGUGGCGAGCCUGGCGGCUGAACAUGGCGUUCAGGUUAUUCAGAAAGUGUCCAACACCUUGUAUGACACUGACAGAGUAAUUGCUGAGAACAAUGGCAAGGUGCCUCUGACCUAUGUGCGCCUGCAGACGCUCCUGGCGGCCCUGGGACCACCAAAGCGGCCCGUGCCAGCUCCCACUCUGGAAAACCUGAAGGAUUGCUGUACCCCCUGCAAAGACAACCACGAUGCAGAGUAUGGGAUCCCUAUGCUGGAGGAGCUGGGUCAGGACCCGGAGCAAGCAGGUCCUCGCCUCUACCCGGGAGGAGAGUCUGAGGCGCUUUGCAGGCUUGACUUGCAUAUGAACAGAACGGCCUGGGUGUGUAAUUUCCAGAAGCCCCAGACUGAGCCCAACUCCCUGAACCCUAGCACCACCGUGCUGAGCCCUUACAUCAAGUUUGGAUGCUUGUCAGUGCGAACCUUCUGGUGGAGGUUGGCUGAAGUCUACCAGGGGAGGAAACACUCCAACCCGCCCGUGUCUUUGCACGGGCAGCUCCUGUGGAGGGAGUUCUUCUACACGGCAGGAGCUGGGAUCCCCAACUUCAACAAGAUGGAAGGCAACCCCGUCUGCGUGCAGGUGGACUGGGAUAACAAUCCAGAGCACCUCAGAGCCUGGAGCGAGGGCCGGACAGGCUACCCCUUCAUAGAUGCCAUCAUGGCCCAGCUGCGCACUGAAGGCUGGAUCCAUCACCUGGCCCGGCAUGCUGUGGCCUGCUUCCUGACUCGAGGAGACCUGUGGAUAUCCUGGGAGCAAGGGCAAAAGGUCUUUGAGGAGUUGCUGCUGGAUGCUGACUGGUCCCUGAACGCUGGCAACUGGCAGUGGCUGUCGGCGAGUGCCUUCUUCCACCAGUUCUUCCGCGUCUACUCGCCCAUCGCCUUCGGCAAGAAGACGGACAAGGGCGGAGAGUAUAUCAAGAAGUACCUCCCUUUCCUCCGGAAGUUCCCCGCUGAGUACAUCUAUGAGCCCUGGAAGGCGCCGCAAAGCGUGCAGGAGCAGGCAGGCUGCGUGAUUGGCCGAGAUUACCCUAAGCCCAUCGUGGUGCACGAGAUGGUGAGCAAGAGGAACGUGGAGCGGAUGAAGGCAGCCUACGCCCGGCGAUCGGCCAGCACCACGGCCCAGUUGGAGGGAGGGGGUGGCAAGAAAGGUGCCAAAAGGAAGACACCUGCUGGUCCCUCUGUGGCCGAACUGCUGACAAAGAAACCAAAGACUAAGAGCAGCUGA